CAUUCUCUCUCUCUCUCUCUUUCGACGAAAAACCCUACGAUUUCAUCGACUCCUUUACUCUUCUCCGACCACCGUCUCUUUUCUCUUCUUCUUCUUCUCCCGGCGGAGAACAAUAAAAUCCGUUAUCGCUUUUCGAAUCAUUCGAUAAUGAAAUAGCGAUUUGAAAGAUGUUUGAAGGACUUGUGCAAAAGCUUUUGUUAGGUUACUUAGGUCGCUACAUCAAAGACAUUCAGAAAGACCAGCUCAAGAUCACACUAUGGAAUGAGGAAGUUCUAUUGGAGAACGUGGAACUGAUUCUUGAGGCGUUUGAGUAUUUGCAGCUUCCAAUUGCUCUCAAGCAAGGUCGUGUUGGGAAAUUGAGCAUUAAAAUUCCAUGGAAGAAGCUUGGUUGGGAACCUAUCAUUAUUAUGCUUGAAGAUGUCUUUGUAUGUGCAUCACAACGUAAUGAUCAGGAGUGGAGCUCAGAUGUUGUUGAGAAAAGAGAGUUUGCUGGUAAGAAAGCUAAGCUUGCUGCUGCAGAACUGGCAAAGUUGUCCAGGCGCGUCUUCGACAGUCCAGCAGGGAAUCCUUAUAUGUCGUACAUUGCUGCCAAGAUUCUUGAUAGCAUUCAAGUGUCCAUCAGGAACUUUCACAUCUUAUACUCCGAUGCACAACCGGAAUCAGUUCAAGUUGUAUUAGGAUUGCGGUUUUCAAGCUUGACAGUUACGAAUCAAAACUCAGUUGGGCCAUCUGUUGGUAGGGUGAGAGGGGGGCAAGUGAAUAAACUUGUGGAGAUUGAAGGUUUGGAAAUAUAUUGCGACAUGUAUGAGGGAAACAUGGACUUUCCAAGUGUUGAUGAGAAAAGAGUUUUUGACAACUGGUGCCAGUCGAGAUUGCAAAGUAAUAGAUUUGGUUAUUUACUGAAGCCAGUCCGUGUUCGCUCAACGCUAUUGGUCAAUCGAUCUGGAGAGCUUUAUGACGAUCUACCUCAGUAUUCUAUCAGCUGUGAGUUGACUGAUGUGGUCAUGACUCUGAAUGAAUUUCAGUUGAAGCAGAUUCUUAUUCUGUUAGAUUACUUGCAAACUAGCCAAUUGCGGGAGAGGUAUGGGCGGUAUCGUCCUUGCUCCACUUCCUUGUUGAGAAAACCACCAGGAUGGCAGAAACUUUGGUGGCACUACGCCCAAAAAUCAGUUUUAUCUGAUGUACGGAAGAAACUGUGGAAAACUUCAUGGAGAUUUCUUGAACAACGAAUGAGAAUGCGCAGGAGGUAUAUUAACUUUUACAAGAUAAAGCUAGAUUUUCUUCGCAGAGAGCAGUCAAUCGAUGAGUCUACCCUUUUGGGUUUGGAAGAAGUGGAGAAGAAGUCUGAUAUUGAUGAUAUCUUAAGUUAUAGGUCCGCAGCGGAAGGUGAGAUGCAGGAAGCUUGUUCAGAAUUGAUAGUAAACAUGGGAGCAACUGCUGCCACUGGCUCCGAAAAGGAACAGAGUGCCUCUGAAAAGGAACAGAGUGAUGAUUCUAUUUCAAAUAAGUCGCGUGGAUGGUUGAACUGGUUGUCACGGGGAAUGCUUGGUGCCGGAGGCACAGAGGAUUCUAGUCAGUUUUCUGGUGUUGUUUCUGAUGAAGUUGUCAAGGAUAUACACAAGGCAACAAAGUUUCACCCUCUUUCUUUGUCUUCUAAAAAUACAAGUGCAACUGGUAAGAUCUGUACAUGCUCCGUUCGACUCGACGUACGCAAAAUUUCUGCUACGUUGCAACAUAUAAGUGGGAGUUCUUCUCAAGUUAUUACAGAGUUGGUCAUCUUGGGGGCAAUUGUUGAAUGCAAGUCUUGGAAAGAUUCUACAGCCAUGAUUGUAUCUGUUAUUUCUGGAAGGCUGGUCUAUCCUCACAAUGGGAAAGAAAUUCUAACCAUGAAAGGGGUCUCUUCUCAGAGUGAUACACUAGAAAAACCUUCAUGUGGAGCACGGUUGGAGUUGUUUAAGGAUCAUGAUGUUGCAUUGUCAUUAAAGGUCACCCUUCAACCACUUAAAGCUGCUUAUGAUGUAGACUUCUUUCUAGCUGUCAGCAAUUUUUUCUCGGGUUCAAGAUACUUCAAACUCCAACACGAAAGGGUUUUAUCGUCACUCAAUGGCCUUGAAAGUGAAACGCGAUUGGCGGCGAAAGCUGAAUACCUUUUAUCUAGCCGAAAUAAAGUUAAGUGGGACCUGGACAUAAAAGAUCUUACUUUAAGUUUCCCUGGACUAUUGGGUGAAUCAGAAAGCUAUAAUCUGGUUUUGGUGUUGGAAUCUCUUUCUAUCACAUCUAGUAGCACAGAUUCUCUUAGCCCAAGUCCAAAAUUGCAGUCUGAUGUGAUGGAUGCUUUACAAAGUUCCAUUGCAGCCUUAGAUGCUUUCCAAGUCAACGAUCUCUAUGACCGUAUUGAUAUCAAUAUCUCCGACAGUGAGAUGAAGCUCAUGAAGAUUCAUCCUUUCCAAGAACUUCCUCUUGUGGAGAAAUCAUCUUUACUUAUCAAGUUUGCGUCUUGUAUAAUUCCGGAGGAGUCAAUUUUGAAGCAGUUGGAGGUUGAAGCUACUCUGCCUAUGUUCAAUGUCCAUUUCUCUCCGUCGAUAUUUAAAGGAGUCAUGUCUGUGAUUGAAUAUCUUGAUAUUCAGGAUCAUGGAGCUCGAAAUGCCCCACCUCCCCCUGCUCCCAGCUUUCGCUUCUCCACAAAAACCAACUUGGCACUUUUCAGGUUGCACGUCAAUCUUGAAAAUGAAGGAGAAAACAACACAGUGCUUGUUCUUUCUAUACAUCAGCUGGAUCUCUGGUAUUCACGUACCAAAUUUGAAGAGUGGUCAGUCUGUGCGAAAAAAUUGGAAAUGACAGCUUGCUCCUCUAAAGAUGCAGCUGACAGUCAUAUUUUAUGUUCAUCAGGGAAUCUACUCAAAUCGUACGCUUCCCACAGACAUGGGAUGGAUGCUCAUAGUAGCGAUCAAACCAACAUUAUUGACAACGGAACAACUCCUGAGGCUGCUGUCAGCUUAAAUUGCAAGGUUUCUCAAAGUAAAAGUUUUGUUUUUCAGAAGUAUACAAUCUAUUGGAGGGGCGCUGAACUCCAUUGCUAUCCAUACAUAUUUGGUUUGCUGACAAAUUUUGUGGAUAAGAUAGCCUCCUAUAAGAUCUCGUCUGCUGAUACAAAUCCACCUAGCCUUGCUACAGAUACCAGUGCUCCAACAGAAGGCCCUCAGUUUGAUUUUCAAAGGUUUGGGUUCUCAAACUUUAUUGAAAGUAGAUCUUGUGGCUGCAUUCCUCUGGACACAUAUCCAUUUAUAACCAUUAAAAAUUCGGGUUCUCUUGUUAGUCUAGAAAGUUCUCUUUGUUAUUCGACUUCUGACUGGAGGAAGUUAUUUAUUGUAAGGAAUAGAAAUGAUGGGGCUGAAAUAGGUUUGAACUGCGAAUGUAACAGCUGUACUUUUCAACCAAUACAUGAUUGUCCUCUGGAUGAGCUUACGUCCUCCAGGGGUCUUGGUCAGACCAAUCACUUUACAGUUGAUGUGCAUGUCUUCGACGCCAAUGUGCAUUUUCAUGAUACUUCAAGUGUUUUUGGAACUAUUAUACUACCGGUAUCCAGAUACUUGCUUACCAUUUCAGAUGAUCAUUUCGAUUUGGUUGCCUCUGCUGAAGACUUGAUGCUGGAGUCAUCUUUGUUCACCAACUAUUCUGGCGGAUUUCUUUGGAAACAUUCAUUAACAAAUGUCUCACCCGUCUUGAACCUACGCGUCAGGAAGAGGGAUUUGGAGCCUUCUAUUUCUGAACUUGAAGUGAGCAUAGGUAUUCAACACACAUGCUGCAUUUUACUACCGGAAUAUCUGGCCAUUAUAAUUGGUUACUUCUCUCUUCCUGAUUGGACUUCAAAGUCUGGCCUGCAGUCGUUGCCACAAGCUACUGAGUUAACCAAGGUUCAUUCUGAGUUGGCCAUUACCUAUAAAAUUGAGAUACUGGACUCCUGUUUGAUUCUUCCUGUGGAGAAUGAUGACCACCAGCAACUGAAAGCUGAAAUUGGGCAGUUAUAUAUUAGCUUUAUUCUAGAGUGUUCUUUGAGCAAUGUGGUGCAGCACAUACCACAGGAAUGUGUUAUUCCGCUUAAUCAAGUAGAAGGGCGAGCCGACUGUUUAAACAUAUUUGGGCGGGGCUUAUCACUAUCAUUGCUGCUUUCUGAAAAUGGCAUAUCAACAUUCAAGAAGGAAGCCGUGUGCAGAAGUAUCACGCUAGCUGCUAGUAUUAUUGCUGAUGCUUGGAUUAGAUUACCUUGUGAUCUUAAUCCGUCAAGUGAUUUGGCAUGUGUUAUGUCAAGAGUUGAAGUUUGUGAAAUUGUUGUGGAUGAUUCAGAUGCUUUGGAUGGGUUCAAGGCNGUAUUGAUAUCAAUAUCUCCGACAAUGAAGCUCAUGAAGAUUCAUCCUUUCCAAGAACUUCCUCUUGUGGAGAUAUCAUCUUUACUUAUCAAGUUUGCGUCUUGUAUAAUUCCGGAGGAGUCAACUUUGAAGCAGUUGGAGGUUGAAGCUACUCUGCCUAUGUUCAAUGUCCAUUUCUCUCCGUCGAUAUUUAAAGGAGUCAUGUCUGUGAUUGAAUAUCUUGAUAUUCAGGAUCAUGGAGCUCGAAAAGCCCCACCUCCCCCUGCUCCCAUCUUUCGCUUCUCCACAAAAACCAACUUGGCACUUUUCAGGUUACACGUCAAUCUUGAAAAUGAAGGAGAAAAUAGCACAGUGCUUGUUCUUUCUAUACAGCAGCUGGAUCUCUGGUAUUCACGUACCAAAUUUGAAGAGUGGUCAGUCUGUGCGAAAAAAUUGGAAAUGACAGCUUGCUCCUCUAAAGAUGCAGCUGACAGUCAUAUUUUAUGUUCAUCAGGUAAUCUACUCAAACCGUACGCUUCCCAUAGACAUGGGAUGGAUGCUCAUAGUAGCGAUCAAACCAACAUUAUUGACAACGGAACAACUCCUGAGGCUGCUGUCAGCUUAAAUUGCAAGCUCACUGAAGUAAUUGUUGCAUCAUCAAAUCAGCUCAAUGUGAACUUAACAGAAUCUCUUUUUGAGUGUAUUCUCAGGAUAAUUGAGAUGUCGAACACUUUGGAAUUGAUGGAAACAGAUGCGAUUCCUGACGAUAAGGGAUUGUCAGUUAACUGCACCAAAAGUACCAAGACAGAACGAUAUUCCCCAUAUGUACUUCAAAAUUUAACUUCUCUUCCUUUGGGGUACCUAGUUUUCCAAGGACAUGAUUCAAAUGUACUAAAUAUGUCAGCUCCAGUGGCUCAGGACUUUGUGCAACCUGGUUCCUCUGUUCCCAUCUAUGUUGAUAAUAAUGACACACUACUUAUUCCUGAUAGACGCCGAAGUCAGUUUAGUUGUUUCAGCAGCGAAUCUGGUGAUGCCACACAACAUUAUAUGAAGAUUCAACUUGAUGGAACAUCUUUUGCUUCUCCUCCUCAUUCAAUGGAUCGAAUUGGCCUUUCCUGUUUUGAGGUUGAUUUUUCCAAAACAUCAAACUCCAGUGAUAAUGUUGAGAAAGGAAGUAAAUCUGGUUCUGGAAGCAGCUUUGUUGUUCCUGUUGUGUACGAGGUUUCAUUGCAGCAGCAGAGCAAGUUAAUACGAGUAUACUCAACUGUUAUAAUUUUGAACUCCACAUCCAUGCCACUGGAACUUCGCUUUGAUAUUCCGUUUGGCAUCUCCCCAAAGAUCCUAGAUCCUAUUUUUCCUGGUCAAGAAUUUCCACUGCCUCUACACUUGGCUAAGUCUGGCCGGCUACGGUGGCGUCCCCUCGGAGAUUCUUAUUUAUGGAGUGAAGCUCAUAGCAUCUCCAAAGUUCUUUCUCAAGAUAGCAGGAUAGGAUUUCGCCGAUCUUUUGCUUGUUAUCCAUGUCACCCUAGCCAUGAACCAUUUCGUUGUUGCAUAUCUGUUCAGAGCACUAGCUUGCCGGCAUCAUUUUAUCUUAAUGAUUCGCCAGAUGGAAAUUUUGGUCAGCAGUUGCACGAUCUUGACCAAUCAAGAGAGCGGUUCAUUCAUCAAGUGACUUUAAGUACUCCAUUUGUUGUGAGCAAUUGUCUUCCAGAACCAAUAUCACUUUCAAUCGAAAGUGGUGGCAUCACUCAGACUGCAUCCCUUUAUGAGGGGGAGACGCCAUUCCAGCAUAUUGAUCCUUCACAUGAUCUGGUCCUUGAGUUCAAACUAGAUGGCUAUAGAUCAUCAUCGUUAAAGUUCCCACGCUCAGAAAGUUUUAGCACAGUGGCCAAGUUCAGUGGAGGGAAAUUCUCUCAGAUAGAAACUAUUUCCUUUGAUUCACACCUCGGUGGUGGUUCCGUUCAUGUAUCGUGUGAGAAAACGAUGGAUGUAACUUGUGGGGCUCGGGAAGUAUUCAUCUUUGUCCCAUUUCUAUUGUAUAACUGCACUGGAACUCCUCUGAUUGUUUCGGACUGCACCAAUGAACCUAAAGGGACUUACAGCACAAUUCCAUCCUGCUACAACCUGAUUGAGCAGCAUUUUGUUCAAACUCGAAAAGUUGGUCUUGGCAUUUUGACCUCGGAGAAAGAUUUGCUAGAUAAAGUUCCAAUGGCGGAUACCCCUUCCAGUCCUUCCUCAUCGGAGUGCAGCAUUACUGCUUCCGGUACUGAGAGAUUUUUUGAUAAGCAUGCUACUCAAUCAACUUGGCAAGUCCCCUUUGCAGCGCAUCCAAAAGACUCAGCAAUUAUUCGCAAGAGGAGUCUUUCAUCAAAAAGUUUAAGAGAGGUGUGCUUCCAAGGUAAUGAAUCUUGCAAAGUAAAGGCAUGCAUUUAUUCACCUUGCCCUGUUUCCAGGGCCAGUGACACCAUGAUCCGAGUCAAAAGGGACCUGCCAGGGUCAGAUAAUUCAAGUAGCCUAUACCCUCUGUGGUCUGCUCCAUUUCCUCUUGUUCCACCCAGUGGUUCAACAAAUUUAGUUGUCCCACAACCAUCGCCUGGUGAAUCAUCUUUAUUAUCUGUUACAUGUUCCAUUCUUGGUGGUGCAUUAGCAGGGAGAACGCAAGCAAUUACUUUCCAACCUAGAUAUAUCAUCUGUAAUUCAUGCAGCCAUAACCUGUGUUACAAGCAGAAGGGAACUAAUUUAGUUUCCCAUCUUGCUGUUGGGCAGCACUCUCAGCUACAAUGGACAGAUACGACGAGGGAGUUGCUAGUUUCAAUCCGUUUAAAUGAGCCUGGAUGGCAAUGGUCAGGCAGCUUCUUGCCAGAUCAGUUAGGUGAUACUCAACUGAAGAUUUGGAACUAUGUUAAUAAAGCAUUUAACAUGGUGCGGGUGGAAGUUCAGAAUGCCAAUAUGUCAAGCGGAGAUGAAAAGAUUGUAGGGAGUGUUCAUGGAAAUGUCGGGACAAACUUUAUUCUAUUAUCAGAUGACGACAUGGGCUAUAUGCCUUACAGGAUUGAUAAUUUCUCGAAUGAGAGACUGAGGGUUUAUCAACAAAAAUGUGAAACUUUUGAUACCAUUGUUCAUCCUUACACAUCCUGCCCAUAUGCUUGGGAUGAACCCUGUUAUCCACAUCGUUUGACCAUUGAGGUGCCUGGAGAUCGUGUUAUAGGCUCUUAUGCAUUUGAGAUAACAAAACAACCAAUUGCAGUGCACUUGCGCUCCACCUCUGAGAAACCUGAAAGGACACUGUUGCUAUCAAUCUGUGCUGAAGGAGCUACAAAGGUUUUCAGUGUUGUAGAUUCAGGUUUUCACACCAUGAAAGAUAUAAAGGAAACGUUUGACUCCAGAUUCCAUGAGAAGGGAAAGCAAAAGCUUCAGACUGAAAAUAUCAUCCGUUACACAGAAAAGUUCUUGCUUGUCCUGCCAAGCAUUGGUAUAUCUUUGGUUAAUUCUCAUCCACAGGAAUUGGUUUAUGCUAGUGCGUCAAAUGUUGUGUUAGAUUUAAGCCAGAGUGUAGAUCAGCAGAAGCUUUCCUUUCAGAUCUCUUCAUUACAGAUAGACAACCCACUUCACAAUUCUUCGUAUCCUGUCAUAUUGUCAUUCAAUCAUGACCACAGAGGCAUUCCUCCUGAUUGGGCCAUUAAGAAUAACAAAGCAAUACUUUUAAGUGAAAUUCUCCAGCAGGAUAGGGGUAACACCCGUGAUGCUGUCUACGUUGGCCUAUCAAAGUGGCGGAAGAAAGAUGUUUCAUUAGUUUCUUUUGAAUACAUAAACAUCAGGAUUUGUGAAUUUGUACUUGAGCUCGAGCUACAAACACUAUUAUCCUUGUUGGAGUUCGUAAAAGCAGUGCUUCCUAAUUCUCAGGCUAGACUCUUGCCGCUCUCAGAUCCCACACUACGUCCUCUGAUUUAUGACACUGGUUUGAAGGAUAUAAGUUUGGAAGAUACUCCACAUGCAAGAAACAUCCCUGUAUUUAACAAAAUCCAGAGAAGCAUUGUAGCUCUACCUAUAGUGGUUCCAAUAGGAGCUCCUUGGCAGCAUAUUCACUUGUUGGCUAGAAGACACAGAAAAAUUUAUGUUGAAACAUUCGACUUGGCCCCUAUUCAGUUUACGUUAAGCUUCUGCAGUGCUCCCUGGAUGCUUAGGAAUGGCAUUCUUACUUCAGGAGAGUCCCUUAUCCAUAGAGGUCUUAUGGCUCUUGCCGAUGUUGAGGGUGCUCGAAUACAUCUCAAGCAAUUGACAAUUGCUCAUCAGAUUACUAGUUGGGAAUCAUUUCAGGAGAUCCUUGUUGGGCACUAUACCCGUCAAAUUCUUCAUGAGAUUUACAAGGUGUUCGGCUCUGCUGGUGUUAUUGGAAAUCCCAUGGGAUUUGCGAGGAAUGUUGCAUUUGGAAUUAAAGAUUUCCUGUCAGCUCCCGGCAGGAGUAUCUCAAAGAGCCCCGCAGGAAUUAUUCAAGGAAUGGCUCACGGAACCACAAGUCUCUUGAGUAGCACUGUUUAUGCUUUAAGUGAUGCUGCCACUCAAUUUAGUAAAGCUGCACACAAGGGUAUUGUUGCAUUUACAUUCAAUGACCAUGAUGUUGCAAGGAUGGAGAAGCAGCAAUUGGGUGAAGGGUCGCGUAGCAAAGGAGUUAUAGGCGAAGUGUUUGAGGGACUUACUGGUCUCCUUCAAUCACCAAUACGAGGAGCUGAGAAACAUGGUCUUCCAGGCGUCAUCUCAGGCGUGGCCAUGGGGAUUACUGGACUUGUGGCCAGGCCAACGGCUAGUAUUCUUGAGGUAACCGGAAAAACCGCACAAAGUAUCAGAAACCGAAGCAGGAUUCAUAACAUAAGAUCCCAAAGACAUAGGCUUCGCCUUCCCAGGCCUCUGAGCAGGGAACAACCUCUCAGGCCUUACUCAUGGGAAGAAGCGGUGGGGACAGCAGUACUUAUGGAGGUUGGAGAUUCCCUGAAGUUCAAAGGAGAGAAAUUAGUGAAGUGCAAGGCCCUGAAGCAAGAAGGAGCGUUCAUUGUAAUCACAGGGAGACUGGUAUUGGUUCUAAGCAGCCCAAGCUUAGUAGGUUUCAGAAAACCGGGAUUUCUCGGAGUUCCAAUUGAUUUGGUAUGGAAUAUCGAAAGGGAAAUCGGUUUGGAGAGUGUAAUACAUACAGAUUGCAGCGGUGGAGUUGUCCGCGUCAUAGGAAGCAAUUCAGAUGGUGUAUGGAACUGGAGACAGGACCAGCAAAAGAAGAGCAGCCCGGCACGAAAACGAUGGAACAAUCCUUCAGCUCAGCCGCUUCUACAGACCAACGUAGAGCUUCCAUCGGAGGAAGAAGCAGAGGACUUGUUGACUGUGUUGCUAUCGACUAUUGAAACAGGGAAAAACCGAAGCUGGCACAGUCGAUUUGUUUUAAGUCGAAGUAACAUUAGUUGAACACAUAGAGUUGUGUAUAGGAUACAAGAUUCAAAAUUCUUUACCUUUCUUAGGCAGUGUACUAAUGAGGGGUUUUUUGAAAGUAGUUUUUAGAAUAUGUGGUCGGAUAUGUUAUUUAUUAUAAUAAUUAGAUAAAUUAUAAAUGUGGGUACA